GGAUUACUCGACUUGCAUGGCGAGCGGUGAGAUUCCCUACGUCGUAUCAAACUAGUAACAUUGCGGUAACUUUUGGACAUCUACCAUUAAGGGCGAUAUUAAGGGAGCUUAUAUAUUGUCAAAGAGAAGUCGUCUCGUUAAUCGGAAGUUAAUGUAAAAUGGGUUUCACGACCACCGUGAGUCCCGCGGUCGAAUUCGGGCUGCGAGCCAUCGGGAUUUGGCCCGGUUCCCCGCGCAGCAUGUUAUAUCGGAUCUGUUGGACGAUCUCUUUAAGUCUCGCGCAAAUAUUUCAGUUCAGAUAUAUCAUCGCCUGCAUCAAAACUAAUAAUUUCCCAAAUCUGGUAGACAGCGUGAGCACCUCGCUGCCUUACAGUUUGCUUUGCUUGAAACUCAUUAUUCUUUGGCUGAAUCAGAGAUUAUUUAACGAUAUUUUAACAUCGAUAUCGCGGGAUUGGCGCAACUGCAAUUCCAUAGCUUACAACAUGCGUAUCAUGACGAAUAAAGCGAAUCUCUCGCAUCGUUGCUCGAUGUUGACUAUCAGCUUAUAUUUUAUGGCCGUCAUAGUCUACAUCUCCGUAAUAAUAGAAUUUAACAAUAUCAAUGUUGAUUCCGUUGAAAAGGAGCUCUUUCUUAAAAUGCAAUUCCCCUUUGUUUACGAAUUCUUUCCUGUUUAUGAAAUCGUUAUGUUCGUUCAAUUUGUUCAGUUACUGAGUAACGCCUCGGUAAUUGGGAUGCUGGAUGCGCUAGUUAUAACACUGACUAUCCAAACCCAUCAAGGAUAUGCCUUGCUGUUAAAGUCUCUUUUUUUUUACAUUGCUAUCACUCUGGAAGCUUUUAUUUUUUGCUUUGCUGGAGAACAUCUUAGCAAUAAGAGUAAAUCGAUUGCAAAUACAGCUUACGAGGCUCUUUGGUACAACGCGAAACCGAGUGAAAGUCGGAUUUUAUUGAUUUUAAUGCUAAGAUCACAGAAACGAUUGACUUUAACAAUCGGGAAAUUUAACGAUUUGUCUUUGAAAGUUUUUGCGGACGUAAGAUAUUUGAGAAAUAAAUCACCUGCAAUAACAGCGAGACAGGCGGUUUUCCUGUUCCGGAAGUUACCAAGUACCACUCUCGCCGAUUCCUUGCCCGAAGUCUGCAAUCAUCGUUCGAUCGCGGCAACUUUUUCCUGCAUUCCUAAGCACUCUGACGAAAAUACACGUCUAGCGUUCGCGAUUGCUCAUCCUCCGGUAAGCUCGCAGCGAUCGUACGUAGCUUCGUCAGAUACUUUUGCUCGGGAUUCGUUCGGAACGGAAACGGCGCCGAUGGUACCGACCAGCACUGUCAGUCGACCGGUUGAAAUCGGCCUCCGUUUCACCGGGAUUUGGCCAAAUUCUUCUAUUAUCUUUAGAUUACUUUGGUCGAUUGUGAUGGGAACAGGGCUGAUCUUCCAGUAUCAAUAUCUUCUGACGCACUUCAAAAUCGAGGAGCUGCCGAAUCUGAUAGAUGGUUUAAGCACUACCUUACCGUACAACCUUCUUUUUUUCAAGCUGAUUAUCCUAUGGAUUAAUAAUCGAAUAUUCAACGAUAUUCUGAGGGCGAUGUCCAAUGACUGGUAUGAGUAUUCCAGCAUGUAUGUCAUGAUCGACAAAGCGAUCCUCUCACAUCGUUACUCGAAAGUGGUCAUCGGUAUUUACUCGACGGCGGUAUUGCUUUACAGUAUCGCGACCAUCGAUUUUCGCAAGCCGAUCAAUGACGAUUGUCGCCAAUUGCUUAUAAAGAUGGAAUUGCCUUUCGUUUUUUGCGAAUCGCCAAUCUACGAGAUUGUGGCGUGCGUCCAAUUCCUUCAUUUAAUGGCGGUUGCCUCCACUAUUGGUAUGCUCGAUGCAUUAAUCGUUACUUUGAUGUUGCACAUUGGUGGACAAAUAGACAUUAUGCAACAGCAGAUAGAAGAGAUUUAUCCUAAGGAUAAUAAACAUGGUUUAUCUACUGCUAUUGUGAGAUCCUUAAUCAAUAAACAUCAUAAGAUUAUUGCUUUUUCGGACAACAUCGAGAAUCUUUUCUCCCCUAUCGCGCUGAUGCAAUUUAUAUCGAAUACGAUGAUCAUAUGUUGCAUCGGGUUUCUCAUAGCAACUUCAUUGGGCACAAACGAAGGUAUCAGGAUGUUGGUAAAGACUGUAUUUUUCUACCUUGCUAUCACCUUGGAGGCAUUUAUCUUUUGUUUCGCUGGCGAAUAUAUCAGCAAUAAAAGCAGAACGAUCGCUGAUACGACAUACGAAUCGCUUUGGUACGAUCUCAAGCCUCGAGAUAGUCGUAUUCUGCUGUUUGUGAUAAUGAGAUCGCAAAGGCGGCUGACGAUCACUGCGGGAAAAUUUAUGGAUUUAUCGUUGGAAGGAUUCACAGACAGUUUGAAAGCCUCUGCGUCGUAUAUGUCUGUUUUAUAUGCAAUGUGUAUUUUGGAUUACUUUGCUGCCGAAUUCUUGGUCAAAUUUCACGCUAAUACAUGUAAAUUUCGGUAUAAAUUCGGUAAACUGUGCUACGCAAGACGCGGUAAAACGAUGGUUGCAAAUUCUGUUGCCCUCUCGAUACAAAUUGGUCUUCGAAUUGUCGGGAUUUGGCCAAACGCGCCGUACCCAUUAUUGUUUCGAUGCGGCUGGAUAUUCACCAUAGGCAUAAUACAGACUUGUCAGUACUGGUGGAUUGUUAUCCACUUUGGAACAAGAGAUCUCUCGCAUCUUUUGGACGGUUUAAGCGUCACUAUGGAAUACACUGUGAUGCUUCUGAAAUUGAUUAUAUUAUGGUUGAAUAGUCGUAUAUUUUACGACGCCCUAGCUGCGAUGGUCUCAGAUUGGAAGGAAGCCACCGUGAACGACGUGCAUACCAUGACGAGUAAGGCCAAUCUGUCACGGCGCUUCUCCAACGUGAUCAUCGGUCUUCAUUCGAUGGGAGCGUUUAGUUACGGCAUCGGCGUUCUCGUAUCCAAUACUGACGACUAUGAGGCCGAUGCGAUCGACACGCCUGUUCGCGAAUUCACGCUGAAGAUGCAGCUUCCGUUCGAGUGCAACGAGUCGCCGUUGUACGAGCUCGUUAUGUGCCUGGAGUUUCUUCAUCAGUUGGCGUCCUCCGCCAUGACUGGAAUACUGAACUCUCUGAUCAUCACGUUAAUCCUUCAUGCGAGCGGUCAGAUAGAUAUCUUGUGCGAUGCAUUGAGAGAAAUCUCUCCGGAAAAAAAUAAUCUACAGCUAGCCGUCUCUAUCACGAAAGAACUGAUCGGUAAACAUCAGAAAAUCAUCGUCUUUUCAAACAAAAUUGAAAGAAUCUUCUGUUACAUCGCGUUGAUCCAAUUUAUGUCGAGCACGUUAGUGACCUGCUGCUUAGGGUAUAUGAUUGUGACAUCGAUCAGCACGAUACAAGUUUCCGAUACGAUCGAUGGCUCUGCAUUAAUGAAAGCUAUAGUGUUUUACAUGGCUGCUAUGGUAGAGGCGUUUAUCUUCUGCUUUUGCGGGGAAUAUCUCAGUGCCAAGAGCAAAAUGAUCAGCGAUGCGGCAUACAAGUCAAUAUGGUACGACUUGAAACCCAACGAUAGCAAACUCAUCCUGCUUAUAAUGUUGAGAUCACAAAGGAGGCUCACCAUCACGGCUGGAAAAAUCAUGGAUUUGUCGCUAGAGGGAUUUACGAAUAUAUCACGCGGUAAAACGAUGGUUGCAAAUUCUGUUGCCCUCUCGAUACAAAUUGGUCUUCGAAUUGUCGGGAUUUGGCCAAACGCGCCGUACCCAUUAUUGUUUCGAUGCGGCUGGAUAUUCACCAUAGGCAUAAUACAGACUUGUCAGUACUGGUGGAUUGUUAUCCACUUUGGAACAAGAGAUCUCUCGCAUCUUUUGGACGGUUUAAGCGUCACUAUGGAAUACACUGUGAUGCUUCUGAAAUUGAUUAUAUUAUGGUUGAAUAGUCGUAUAUUUUACGACGCCCUAGCUGCGAUGGUCUCAGAUUGGAAGGAAGCCACCGUGAACGACGUGCAUACCAUGACGAGUAAGGCCAAUCUGUCACGGCGCUUCUCCAACGUGAUCAUCGGUCUUCAUUCGAUGGGAGCGUUUAGUUACGGCAUCGGCGUUCUCGUAUCCAAUACUGACGACUAUGAGGCCGAUGCGAUCGACACGCCUGUUCGCGAAUUCACGCUGAAGAUGCAGCUUCCGUUCGAGUGCAACGAGUCGCCGUUGUACGAGCUCGUUAUGUGCCUGGAGUUUCUUCAUCAGUUGGCGUCCUCCGCCAUGACUGGAAUACUGAACUCUCUGAUCAUCACGUUAUCGAUCAGCACGAUACAAGUUUCCGAUACGAUCGAUGGCUCUGCAUUAAUGAAAGCUAUAGUGUUUUACAUGGCUGCUAUGGUAGAGGCGUUUAUCUUCUGCUUUUGCGGGGAAUAUCUCAGUGCCAAGAGCAAAAUGAUCAGCGAUGCGGCAUACAAGUCAAUAUGGUACGACUUGAAACCCAACGAUAGCAAACUCAUCCUGCUUAUAAUGUUGAGAUCACAAAGGAGGCUCACCAUCACGGCUGGAAAAAUCAUGGAUUUGUCGCUAGAGGGAUUUACGAAUAUCAUGAAGGCCUCUAUUUCGUAUGUGUCAGUAUUGCAUGCGAUGUAUUGAAAUUCGAAGACAAAUCAUCAUGUCUAGAUGUCCAUUAGGUAUGUGCAACUAAAAAUAUUGGGAUUUUUCUAUCGAUUUUCGUUUGCUGAUAUCGAUUCGAUAUCUACGAUGUGAAUCGAUGAUGAUCUUAAGUAAAUUAUAGAUAAAUAUAGACAAUAUGUUUGGUGAUGUAUAAAAAAUUACCUUCCGCAGUUUAUAAUAAAGUGCUUAGAUUUUCAUGAUCGUUAUUGUUGCACAUAUAUGAGUACUUUUUUGCAUAUAAAAAAUCUCAAUAUAAAGAAAUAAUUUAUACUUUUAUAAUUUCUGUUAUAUUUUCAAAUAGAAGUAAUCGCGCCGGUAAGCGUUUCAGUUGACAGAACUCUACGACUAUGCAAUGUAUUGUC